GAGAGAGAGCGAGAGAGCGGGAGAGCAAGGGGCUAAGGACCGGGAGGUAGAGUGCGCGAGAGUCCGCGGGGCAUGCGGUCCCGGCUUUGCUGCUUUUGAGACCCGGGAUGGGCCUCGUGGGGAGUCGCUUGAGCGCGGAGGCCGAUGGCGGCCAGCAGCAACAUCAACAGCAGCAGCGAAACGCCGCCACCACCACCGCCACCGCCACCGCCACCGCCGCCGCCGUCGCCGUCACUCCGUUCGCGAGCGGCGGCGGCGGCGUCAAGGGAUGCCAAGCCCCUUACCUCCAGACCGGCGGGCCCAACCUUUCGGCAACCGGUUCGCAGCACACGAGGAGCGGGAGCGUAAGGGCCGCUCCGAGGCAGCCGAUGCCCGACACCCAGGAGCUCGAGCGCCGGUUCACCAAAGUCCUGGCCUCGAUGGACCUUCCUCCGGACAAGGCGAAGCUUCUGAAGCAGUAUGACAAUGAGAAGAAAUGGGACAUCAUAUGUGAUCAAGAGAGAGUACAAGCUAAAGAUCCGCCGUCUCACUACCUGGGGAAGCUACGGACCUACUUGGACCCGAAGGCAUCGAGGAGCCAUCGAAAGAGAAAGAUGGUGGGCGAGUCGACGUCGACCCAAGUACUACGGGACUUGGAAAUCUCGCUUCGCACAAAUCACAUCGAAUGGGUCAGAGAAUUCCUGGACGAGGAGAAUCAAGGCCUGGACGCUCUGAUAGACUACCUCAGCUUCAGAUUACUGAUGAUGCGGCACGAGCAGCGGCUCCUCGAGUCGAGAGCCAAUUCCGAGGAGAGAAUCCAGUCGACAACGGGUACGAGCGAGACAGCGCAGCUGAACAAUGGCUGCCUCAGGCCACCGCUUCACGAGCUCAAGGACAGUCCCGGGGUGAAGAGGCGCUCACGACAUGUGGCGCGGCUCAACAUGGGGGAGGCUAAGGAUGACAUCCAUGUGUGCAUACUCUGCAUGCGAGCCAUCAUGAAUAAUAAGUAUGGAUUCAACAUGGUGAUUCAGCACCGGGAGGCCAUCAAUUGCAUCGCCCUGAGCCUGAUGCACAAGAGCCUGAGGACGAAAGCCCUCGUGCUGGAAUUGCUGGCGGCCAUCUGCCUCGUGAAAGGAGGCCACGAGAUCAUACUCUCGGCGUUCGACAACUUCAAGGAGGUCUGCUCGGAGAGGCGGAGAUUUACGACCCUCAUGGAGUACUUUACCCAAUACGACAGCUUCCACAUCGAGUUCAUGGUGGCUUGUAUGCAGUUCGUCAACAUCGUCGUUCACUCGGUCGACGACAUGAACUUCAGGGUCCACUUGCAGUACGAAUUUACGAAGCUCGGCCUUGACGAGUACUUGGAGAAGCUCAGGCACACUGAGAGCGAGGAUUUGCAGGUUCAAAUCUCAGCUUACUUAGACAAUGUAUUCGACGUAGCCGCCCUGAUGGAGGACAGCGAAACGAAAACCGCCGCCUUAGAAAAAGUAGCCGAAUUGGAGGACGAGCUUGGUCACGCACACGACCGGAUGGCCGAGCUAGAGCGCGAAUCCCUAGCGAAAUUGGCCGAACUCGAAACCGAACUCGGCGCAAUGAAAGUCGAGUACGCGGACGCACUCGAAACUCGUAGACUAGUCGAGGAGGAGCUCGCCGCCCUGAAAAGACAGAAGCAAGACUCCGCGAGGAGGCAGAGCGUCUUAGAAAAUAAAAUAAUGGAGCUGGAAACUCUGACGGGUACACUAACGAAAGGAGCAUCAGUUGCCAACAUGCGCAAUGGAUCGGCGUCGACGUCACCGGUGAGCGACGGCCCGACACAAUCGAUGGUCAACUCCGGCUCGCCCCUGCCAGAGGUCCCAGCCCCGAUGCCGGCACCACCGCCCCCGCCACCACCACCCUGCCCGCCCCCGAUGCCCAUGGACCCACUGGCGUCCGGUGAUUACAAGCCACCGCCACCCGCACCGAUUCCACCGCCGCCGGCCGGCAUGAUGCAAGCGCCCGAUGGGGCAAUGACGAUUAAGCGAAAGGUCCAAACGAAAUACAAGCUCCCGACAUUGAAUUGGAUCGCCUUGAAGCCCAAUCAAGUGCGCGGUACCAUCUUCAAUGAAUUGGACGACGAUAGAUUGCACAGCUACAUCGAUUUUACGGACUUUGAAGAGAGAUUUAAAAUCGGUAUAGGCACUCACCUCGCCAACGGUACCAACGAAAUCGACGGCCUCCAAAGCUUUCCCAGCAAAAGAUUCAAGAAGCCGGAAAACGUCUCGCUUCUGGAGCAUACGAGAUUACGAAAUAUUGCGAUUUCGCGGAGAAAAAUGGAAAUGCCCGUGGAGAAAGUUAUCACCGCGGUAAACGCGCUCGAUCUUAAAAUUCUUUCGCUGGAGAAUGUGGAGCUGCUACAGAGAAUGGUACCAACGGAGCAAGAGACGAAAGCCUAUCGCGAGUACAUUAUUGAGAAAAAGAACGUGAAUCUUUUAACCGAGGAGGACAAAUUUCUCCUUCAACUUGGCAAAGUCGAGCGCAUAUCAACAAAAUUAUCAAUUAUGAAUUACAUAGGGAACUUCUUCGAUAACGUUCAUCUUAUCGCUCCCCAAAUACAUGCUGUGAUAUCCGCGUCGAGCUCGGUCAAAUGCUCCAAGAAAUUGCGCGCCGUUCUGGAAAUAAUUCUCGCCUUUGGAAAUUAUUUGAACAGCAGUAAGCGAGGUCCCGCCUACGGCUUUAAGCUGCAGAGCUUGGACACACUCCUGGAUACAAAGUCGACUGAUAAGCGAAUGUGCCUUUUGCACUAUAUCGUGGCAACCAUAAGGCUCAAAUUCCCAGAGCUCGUGAAUUUCGAGUCCGAAUUGAUGUAUAUCGAUAAAGCAGCGACAGUAUCGCUUGAAAAUAUAACGACCGACGUUCACGAAUUGGAAAAGGGCAUGGAUCUCGUUCGUAAGGAAUUCGAGUUACGUGGGAAGGAGAAGCACAAUACGGUGCUACGCGACUUUCUUAAUAAUUCAGAGGAAAAGCUACGUAGAUUAAGAUCGGAUGCCAGGGCAGCUGGUGACGCCUUCAGGGAAUGCGUCGAAUUUUUCGGCGAAAGUCCACGGCAAGCCGAUGCCAAUACCUUCUUUUCACUUCUCGUACGAUUUGCUCGAGCAUUCAAGGCUGCGGAUCUGGAGAACGAGCAACGCAGGCGACUGGAAUUGGCGGCCGCUGAGGCUUUAAGCACAUCCGAAGAAGUCAUCAAGAGGAAUAAGUUGAAUCAAAAGAAGCAGCAGGAUGCUGUCAUAAACGAACUAAAGAACAAGACUAGACUCGUUCAAGAGAAGAAACUGCUGCAACAGGACGAGGUUUACAAUGGAGCAUUGGAAGAUAUCCUGUUGGGUUUGAGGUCGGAGCCUUAUCGUCGAGCAGACGCUGUGCGGCGAAGUCAGCGUCGUCGUAUUGAUAAUCACAGACUCUCGCGCACUGCCGAGGAGUUGGAAUUAUAAUUCGUUUAUCUGUUUUCUCUUUCUCCCGGGAGAAAUGAAACGAGCGAGCGAUUCAUGACAAUUCUCUUAUAAGUGUACAAAGUGUAUGUGUUACUUGGAGGUUGGUCAGUUUCCAAAUAACGGCAAGCAAUUUGGUUUAUUGAUAAUACCAAAUGUUGAUCGAGUCCUCGGGGCUCUCGAUCGUCGAUUUAUUAAUUUAAUUAUGAUUUGCUGAAUUUUCAGUGCUUU